AUGAUCCUUAGCGGACUUGAAGUUGUCACCUGCCAAUUAGUGCGGAAUCUCCGCGGUGCCACCCAGCAACAACCCUGCGGCAUUGACCUCACCCUUCGUCAGAUUUCCGUAUGGACCUCCGCAGCGACCAUCGACUUCGAAAAUACGAAGCGCCAGGCGGCCAAAACCUCCAUCUUGCCGUUUGACAGCACAAGCCACGCCAUCACACUGCCCCCAGGCGCAUACUUGGUUGAUUUCAACGAAACCGUCCAGGUCCCACGGGACUGCAUGGGCAGCAUUUUCGCGCGGUCAUCCCUUUGGCGCUCCGGGGUGGGAAUCACGGCGGGUGUUGUCGAUGCCGGGUAUGAAGGUGCUCUUGGUGCCCUGAUCGAGGUCAAGAAUCCCCACGGUGUCGUCCUGUAUCGAGACGCCAAGCUCGCACAGAUUGUGUUUGAGGAGUUGAGCGAAGCGGUGGAAGGAUAUAAGGGUAUCUACCAGGCUUCGACAAGUAGUGUCGGGCGCGAUGGACCGGGUCAGACUUCCAAGUCUUGA